AUGGCCGCACUCCUUGGAAUCGACGCUGUCUGCCAAGAGCUUCUUCACCGUGGAGAAGACGUUAAUCGCCAAAGUAAGCUAGGGACACCUCUGCAAUGCGCCCUGGGAGGACCAUUCCUCCUCGCCUGUCACAAUAUGUCGACCCAGAAGCGGCUGAACGAUUGGUUGGAGCGACCGUCUCGGAGAACAGUAGAGCUUCUCAUCAAAUCAGGAGCAGAUUGCACAAAAGGCUUGCCGAACCAUAUGCACUCCUGGAAAACGAUGGGUGCCUUGUCUCUAAAAGCCUCGGAAUGGGCUGGGGAUUGCGAGCUCUUCGGUCUUGUUGUUAGGGGUGGGGCGCAGCUUUACGACGACGACACAGCCGUCUUUCGCUCAAUUUGCCGGAAAUGGUCCAAAACCAAAGACCAAGGCAUGUUUGCGAUGAUCAUGUCUACUUUGGACAUGCUCAGCAACAUGGCUGCGAAGAACGAGGGGGAGUCUGUUGCAUAUCUCAAAGCAUUCCAGAAAUGCGUUUCCGACAACACCGACAUCGAUACCAACUUGCCCUGUUCUGAAGGCAUCUCGGACGACAUGCUGAUCCAGCAGAUGUGGAACGCCAUUGCAGAAGACAACUUGGACAUACUCUUAGAGAGGUCAAGAAGCCCGCGAUGCAGCGGUAUCCUUGAGGGAGAAACACUCACCAGGCUACUUCAUUUUGCAGCGACAUGCUCGUCAGUCUCCUGUCUAGGCCAUCUUCUGACGACCUUCGUGGCCUCGGACGAGCAGAAAGAUGAAAGAUCCCAAAUGGUGUUGGACUGUGCGGAGCAUGAGUCUGUGGAUGUCCUUGUGUGCCUCCUGAAGCAUGGAUGUACUACAACCAAAUUUAACAGUGGACGAAACACCAUUUGGCAUCUUUCAGCGGGGAAGUUUACUCCAAACAGUCUGUUGAGAACCCUGUUUAUCCACAUUGACCGAACAGAAUGUGGACGCGCCCUUCGUAUCAUCAACAAAGAUGGUCGAACUCCGCUUGCUGAAGCAUUAUUCAAGGAGCAGUACCGGAAUGCGUCAGAAAUAGUCAGCCUUUUUCCUGGGGAACAUGACAUCUUGCAAAGCACAAAGCCCUCAUUAUGUCAACUUCUCGCGAAAAUCGAGAAGGCCGGGGUACUAAAAGAGCUGCAUGCAAGCAACAUGGUACGACUACCGACGACAGAAUCACCCCUGGACUGCCUGGACGAUUCCGCCACCUUUGAAAUUGUUAACGAACUUUUGAGAACGUACACAUAUCAACGAUCUGAAACAGGAAAAACCCCUCUUGAACAAUACCUAGAGACCACUAUGCUGAAAGACUAUAACAAAGAAGUUCUUGUGGCUUUGGUAAAGGCAGAUCUGGCGCAAGCAACCGAAAACGCUGCUCACAGCUUAUGGCAGUACACUUGCAAAAUGCUUGACAAAACAAUAGCACAGCAGCACGCAGCCGAUGCUGCGGAGACUCUGAAUCUUGUCAAAGUUAUGAUAGAACACGGUUACUUGGAGAUGUAUGAAAAAGCCAACAGCACUUCUGGACUGAAAGAGAUACGAGCGCUGUUUAGCAUCGAAAAGCCCCCAGGAGUCAACGGCAACGUGUCCAUCCUUGAAGACCUAUUCAUCAUCGUAUUGGACUCCACGACCCAACGAGAUUAUCUGGAAAACAGUGGUUUUGAUGUUGCCGCUCUGAAAUGGGCCAUCUUAUACGAUUCCAUGUUUCUCUUUGACAAUAUUCUUCAAGGCGGAGCCAAUGUCUGCAAACGAGAGUAUUCACUUCAUGCGUUGGAGUUCUUAUGUUCCAACGGCAGUAGUCCUAACAGGCAUAGAAUGCUAGUCAAGAUGCUCGAGAAAGUCGAAAAGGCUGAUCUCAACCAGUUGACGCCUUCUGGAGAAGGCCUGGGCUUGCUUCAUCGGCUCGGGAUACCGGAUGGUCGCGGUAUCAACUUGUUUGGAUGCCCAACUUUCCGCUCCACAAUGGCUUUAACACCAAACCUGCCCCCUCCGCCGCCGCCACACCUGGGAUACUCCAGAAUCGGUACUACAGGAUUCGCGCAGGCCAGACAACCGCUCGAAAACCAGAAGUUUAACUUGGUACAGCGUUUGCUGCUGGAACAAGUCGACUGUCAGGUUCUCAGCACCAGAAGUCACUUCUCGCCCCUCAGCACGCAUAUAAGCUUCCGCCAUGUCGAUACAGCAAAGCUGAUUCUUCGUCAUGGCGCAAAUCAGACCUUGCAUGUUCCGGACGUGAACGGCUGGACGCCGGUAUCAUGGGCAUGUGCCUACGGAUACGUUGAUUUACUCGAGAACAUUGCCGCUUCUCAUUGUCCAGAACCCAUCUGGGACUUUAAAGUUCGAGUAACAUUAGCAGCUUGGAAUUUUGGGGCGAAGUCGUUCAAAGAUAUCAGGGCUCUGCAUCUAGCAGCGAUUGCAUCGCCGGACACGGUCGUAUUCCUACUUGACCGUGGUUUUGCCACCAAUCUCGACGUCACUGCGGCAGAUCUCUCCACUCCUCUGCACCUCGCCGCUUUCUUCGGGCUGACGGACACUAUCAAAAUCCUGGUUUCUCGGGGUUGCAAUAUCAAUGCUCAAACUUCCGCAGGUCUGACUCCGUUGCACAUAUCUCUUCUGCACCAAGACGAAACGACUGUCGCGCUUCUCCUCGAACUAGGUGUCGAUCACUUGAAAACCACUAAGGGAGAAACACCACUGGAUGUCGCAAUGAAGAGAAAGAGCAAAAGAAUUAUAGACAUGGUCAAAUCAAGUCUCCGAAGAGUCCCGACAGAUUCGACAAAAAAUGAGACU